AUGACGGACGACGAGCAGCAACAGCAGCAACAGCUUGCUGCUCUCCAGCUUGGGCUUCAGCAGGCCCUUGAGGCUCAGAGCAUGUUGGCUUCGUUAACAUCACGCUGUUUCACAAGAUGUGUCGACAAGCCUGGCCGGUCUCUCUCGAGCAGCCAGCAGCAGUGCCUCUGGCAGUGCGCCCAGAGAUGGAGUGAAGUACAGCACUUUGUGGGGAUGCGCAGCAGAGCCCUUCUGCAGCAGCAGGGUGGAGGCCUGUUGGGAGCAGCAGACACUGGAGCAAACCUCUCCACAGACAGCCUUCUUAGCUGA